CCAAAGUACGGAGAUUGCCUGACAGUUGGAAAAUAUUGCUGUUGUGGUUCGAGUCGAGACAGUGGUGGUCUUGAUCCAAUACUGAGAAACAAACCCAGACUUCGUCGAUAGCAGUCAGAUACAUGUGCAAAUUAACAGAAGAUGCUGAACCAAGAUAACAAUUUCAAAAAGGAUUUUCAAGCUCCAGAUUAAGACUUCUCUUUGCCCGGGGUUUACGUGCAAUUUCUAUACAUCGACUCCUAGUACUGUCCGUUUGAUUCGUGCGCACACAUGGCGUUUUUAAUAAAGAAGAAAAAGUUCAAAUUUCAGACUCAUUUUACACUCGAAGAGUUGACAGCGGUACCCUUUGUCAACGGGAUGCUCUUCUGUAAAAUCAGACUGCUGGACGGUGGAGAUUUUGCCAUUUCAUCAUCCAGGCAAGAGGUUCAGGAGAACUGCGUUCGCUGGCGAAAAAAGUUCUCCUUCGUGUGUAAGAUGAGCGCAAGUCCCACCACAGGUGUUCUGGACCCCUGCAUAUGUAGGGUGUCUGUGCGUAAGGAACUCAAAGGAGGAAAGGCAUUUUCAAAGCUGGGCUUUGCCGAUCUCAACAUGGCGGAGUUUGCUGGUUCAGGCUCCACCGUGCGCUGCUGCAUCCUCGAGGGCUACGACACCAAGAACACGAGACAGGACAACUCCAUACUCAAGGUUACCAUUGGGAUGACUCUGUUGUCUGGAGACCCUUGCUUUAAAACACCCCUCAGCACGGCUAAAACCAUCACCAUCGCGGGACAGGACCCCUCUCUGCAGCUGGACUGUAAAGGAGAGGGCACCGACGCCAGCCCAUGCCUACCCCCUGGCAUCGCCGCAGCACGGGCGCUCAAACCCAGGCCCUCUGCCAUCAGCACAGGUCUACCAGAGGAGCUGGACCAGAACAUGUCCAGCCCAGAUGAAGUGUUCCACACGGGCCACUCCAGAAACUCCAGCUACGCUAGCCAGCAGAGCAAAGUAUCAGGCUACAGCACGGAGCACUCGCGCUCGUCCAGCCUGACGGACCUCACGUCGCACCGCCGCAACACCUCCACCAGCAGCAGCGCCUCCGGGAGCGUCGCCACGGCAACCGAAGGGACGGCCGAGUCCGAGAAGGAGCUGGCCGCCCGGCCCGAGAGGCCUCCCCGCCCCCCACUUCCUGUCCUGCUCUCCAACAGACCGUCCAGACGUAAGAAGGACUCGAUGGAGAGUCACCCCACCUGGGUGGACGACACGCGCAUCGAUGCCGACGACAUCGUGGAAAAGAUCGUUCAGAGCCAGAACUUUGCUGACGUUAGCAACAACGAAGACAGCAAUCUGAGGCUGUUUGUCAGCAGAGACGGCACCACGGCCCUCAGUGGGAUCCAGCUGGGCAACAGGGUGACGGCAGGCGUCUUUGAGCCGGUGGUGAUCGAGAGUCAUUAGAGGGACAGACAGACUUCCUCGUCCUCCGAUUCCCGUCUCUCUCUUUCUCUUCCUCUGUCGACUCUCAUCCCUCCAUCCGAUGGCCGCUAAAAGAAAAGAAGAGGGAAGGAAGCCGACGUGGAGGCCUCUGGGUCACCAUCCUCUCUGUUUGUCAUGCAUUAAGAGUGAACGCUCACAGUUACUUACAAAUCGUGCAAAUCAUGUGUGUACAUGUUUGAUGUGUACCGCUAUCUGAGUUGUUUUUCCUAUAUAUUGUAGGUUGCACCCUAUACAUACUUACUGCAAAAUGAUUAAGCUCCUGAGGUGUGCUGGGUUGUGUUAUUACAUGAUUAUAUGAUACAGAGUUAAUUGAUCUAAAACCUCUAUUUAUAAAUGCUUUAGAACCUGAUCUAAGUGCAAGUGUACUUCAUGUGCCACAAACUGUGGCAUUAUGGGAAAUGUAGUGCAACACUGUGAAGGGCUGGCCCAGGCAUGUUGUAUGGAUGUCAUGUGUGUACUACAGUGUACAUGUCAAUCCAAAAUGUACUUUACUGGUAGAAGUAGUUGAUCCAGUGGUUUCAACCUGUGGUUUUCUUUUGUUUCUCUGUACUCUGCUAUGCUACAUUUGAACUGCUUUAUUUGCUCUUUUCUCAUCAAUUUUGUUUUGCAUCUGCUUCUUUGAUUGGCAGCUCUCUUAAAGGUAGCCACACAAAAUUGUUACAACCCCUUCUUCCUCAUAUUUCAUACUGGAUUUUGAUCACUGCACCAAAUUACAAAUCAAAUUUAUUUUCCGACACAAGAGGAUAGCACAAAUUCUUACCCAAGGCAGAUCACUGCAAAUGAACAUGAUUUACUAGUCGGUGUUGAUGACUGGGAGGUGCAGCCAGUUAUUACUGUGUGGUUCUGUGUGGUUCUGUGUGGUUCUGUGUGGCUGGCCAUACGAAGAACCACAGGACGAGUUCUAGUGGAGUUAUGACUGUAGUCGAGUGUGACUGGUGACUGGAUAUUAGUCUUGAGAUCCCAAUUCAGACAGGGCUGUGUGUGUGUGUGUGUGUGUCAUGCGCUUAUGUUCUGUUCCACUGGCUGGUCUUGUGACAACAGAAUUGUUUUUUUUGUUUGUUUUUUUUUCUGUUGUUUUUUCUUUGUUCUUUGUUUAUUUUUUUGCCUGCCUUAGCGUUUGGUUGAAGUAGUGUGAUUUGUGGUCUCACUGUCUGUGUGUGUGUGUGUGUGUGUGUGUGUGUUUGUGCUGCUACGCUACUUCUUUGAGCUGAGUGAAAUGAAAUGCAGUGAUCAAAGCCUUUCCGUUGGUAGUGCUCAGACUGCUUGGGCUUCAGUUGGGCUAAAUGUCCCUAACAUCUGUUUGGCGCGUGGGGUGUGAGCGGUGCAUUGUGGGUAGGAUGAGAUCAGGCCUGAUGAGUCAGAAUCACGUUCCUCGUCUUGGCAACAGGCCUCAGUUCAGUUUUCCACCAAGCACCUGGAGUGCACCAGGAAACAAUGGACUUUUCUGACAGGAUGCACCUCCUGUACCUCCUUGUUGUGUGUGUGUGUGUGUGUGUGUGUGUGUGUGUGUGUGUGUGUGUGUGUGUGUGUGUGUGUGUGUGUGUGUGUGUGUGUGUGUGUGUGUGUGUGUGUGUGUGUGUGUGCUUGCGUGACUGUAUUUGUCUGUUUUGACAGAUCGAAUAGAAACCUCUAUUCUCUGUGUGGUGGGUUUCCAAUUACUUCAUGCAUGGCAAAAAUCUUGCUCUUAGUUGACCUGAGAGUGCAGAGAAAGUGUGCAAAACUGACUGUAAUAUGUUGGUGGCCAGGGCUCUUCUAACUUUAUGUCUGUGCAAUAAGGGAUUCGAUUGACACCAUCGUGUUGGUGCACUGUUCCGAAUUGUUUGCUCAUUUUACUCAUCCUCAACAAUUCAGCAUGACUGUGGUAUCAUUAUACGAAUGUAUACUAGAGUUAGAAUUGCCACAUAAAAGAGCAGCAUAAUUAUAUCAUUAUUUACACUCAUGGUUUAUGUAGUUUUGCCUAAUGGGCAGUUGAACGGGCAAGUUAUGUUGGAGUUUAUUUUUACAUUUACUCCGAAACUCACAAGGCUUACUCAAAAUAACAGUGCACAUAUUCUUUGUCUGUAAAAUAUACCUCUACGACUGAAAGAAAAAUAACAUGCAUGAUGAUGACACCGACCUAAAACACAGCCAGUCAUCUGCAGAUAAUCUGUUUGUGUGCCUGUGGAAAUAACUACGAGAUUCACUGGCCGUCAUCUUCAAAUCCAAUAGGGGAUUUGUUUGUUGAAAGUGACUGACUAACUUUGUCCUUUUCUUAUACAUCUGCCCCUUGUACUGAUUUACUUGGACCAUUCCUGUAGCCAUAUGGUGGUUUUUACUAAACGGUAACACUUUGCUCUUUUGGUGUUUUCAAACCAGCUGGCUGGUUUAACAUUUUCAUUCUGUGACCCCUUUAUCAGUGGAGCUCAACAGAGAUCCUUUGAUUCCUGUGGUAAAAUAUGAACUUUUUACAGAUUAAAUGCUUUAUGUAUCCUUGUCUUUAUAACAGGCAGUUGGUGGCGUCUGGUUCUGUGGUUCUGUUUUGUAUAAGAGGGACUCUUUUGUGGUGUUUUCCUUCAUACUUGACUAUAAUCUGUGAUUUUUAACAUCGGAAAAGAAUAUACUUUUCAAUUAAUGUGAGUUGCUGUUGUUUAGAAUUAAGUUCAAAGAUCUGUUCUGCAAAUGAAAGGUGAAAAGUUUAAAUAAAGAUACAUUGGUUUUGGUCUAGCAGAUGGUAACAGCAUGUCUGCCUUUACCAAGUCUCCCAUGAAGCACAUCUUCAUCAGAUUCUAUUCUAGAGUGCAUUCUAGCUGCUCCAGUCUCUCAAUGUAUUUACAAAACAUUAUUAUUUACACUUUCUAAAUGAAGUCACAUGUUCCAUACAGUGUGAUUCUUAAGAGAUAAAUGAAUGAUGAACAAGAACAUUGUACUGAGAUUUGUGGUCAAAUCUGUGGUAAAGUCUACCGGUGUUUGCCUGCCGUAGUCUCGGAAGGGAUCUCACGAGAUCGUCUUGAACAACGUGUUGCAUAUUGGUCAAGACAACAGCACUUAAAUUGAGAGAAUUAACUUGACUUCAUUGUAACACCAAUUGUUUGCCAUGUUUUCGUCUCCUCUGCCGUAAUAAGGGAAUUGAAGCUAUGCACCUAAAGUCAAAGAUGUAAAACUGACCUCUAACAAGAGUCACACCUAAGUUCAGUAUGUCUGUGGAUAUAACAAUAUGAUCAGAUUAUUUCAUAAAACAAGAUGUCUAUUUUUUAGAAUUACAACAAAGAUGUAUUUAUUAUACCGACACAAACACAGAUAAAAUAUAAUACACAGAUUCUAAUACACAUGUCUCCAAAGUCAAUUUGAAAGCUCUUGAUUGGUCACACUAAGGCUUUAUUUGAACUGGUGGUCUGCAUGUGGAGGAGCACUGUGAUAUAAUGGAGUUGAGCUAUAUUUCUAUUCUAGAAUUUGAAUGUUUCCUAUUAAAGAUUGUAAAUGUCUAUUGAAAAGUGUAAAUGUAAUAUUUUGGGGAAAUAAAGUUAUUGAUGGGCAUCAUAAA